AGGCUCAGGUCCCUAGGCCANGCUCUUUGGCCCUGCUGAGCUGGGUAGGAGGGCCUAAUCUGGUUUCCCUGUGAAGCAAAGGACUGCUGUGCCCGUUUCGUGGGGACCNUCUGCUGACAAAGAAGCUUGAUCACUUCAAUACCUCGGCCUACUCUGAUCACUUUCUGGUGACCGAUCGAUCCUCCGGGCUGAGAGUGAACCUGCUGGGGCCUGAGAUGCCGACGACCUUAGGACCUGCAAAGGCCUGACCUGUCCGGCCAGCGUGCCCGUUGGCUGACUACCCUCACCAAACGUCUGAUGGCAAACCUGUUCAGUGUGCUUCUGAGAGUCUGCUGAGGAGUGAUGGGAAGUUUGCCCAGCAGAGGGAAGCCCUCCUGCCCAAGCUCCAGCCCCAGCCCCAGCUCCUCUGGUCCAGGCCAGGAACCCGUGUCCAUGCAACCAGAAAGACACCCGGUCACAGCUGUGGCCCUGGGCAGUUUCCCAGCAGGUGAGCAGGCCAGACUAUCUCUGAGACUUGGGGAGCCGCUGACCAUCGUCUCUGAGGAUGGAGAUUGGUGGACAGUCCAGUCAGAUGUCUCGGGCAGAGAGUAUCACAUCCCCAGUGUGCAUGUGGCUAAAAUCUCCUACGGGUGGCUGUACGAGGGCCUGAGCCGGGAGAAAGCAGAGGAAUUACUCCUGUUACCUGGGAACCCCGGAGGGGCCUUCCUCAUCCGGGAGAGCCAGACCAGGAGAGGCUGCUAUUCCCUGUCCAUCCGACUCAGCCGCCCUGCAUCUUGGGACCGGAUCAGACACUACAGGAUACAGCGCCUUGACAACGGCUGGCUGUACAUCUCACCUCGCCUCACCUUCCCCUCACUCCAUGCCCUGGUAGAACAUUACUCUGAGCUAGCAGAUGGCAUCUGCUGUGCCCUCAGGGAGCCGUGUGUCCUGCAGAAGCUUGGACCACUACCUGGCAAAGAUACACCUCCACCUGUGACUGUGCCAACAUCAUCACUGAAUUGGAAAAAGCUGGACCGCAGCCUCCUGUUUUUGGAAGCACCUGCGAGUGGGGAGGCGUCUCUGCUCAGUGAGGGGCUCCGAGAGUCCCUCAGUUCCUACAUCAGCCUGGCUGAGGAGAACUCCCUGGAUGAUGCUUAGUCCUAAAGCACAAAGCGAAAGGGAACCGAGACUGUGGCACCGAGAGCUCCGACUCCGCUGACCCUGACAAAGCUCCAGGAGGCAAGGCUGUGAAAGUAGAGCUGGCUGGGGUGGGGCACAGACACUCAGGGCCUCACCUGGGCCUCCUGAUAAGUCAUGUAUCUCCUUCCAAGGCCUCAACCCUUGCCUACAACUUCUUGUCCAUGUGCAGUGCAGUUCAAAGCAGGGCUGGGCAACU